AUAGGACCUUUAAGAGUUCUCUCUAAGGAGUGGCAAUUAAAACCUUUUUUUUUUUAUGGCAUGCAUAUGUCUUCCCUUGUUUACUGACAAUUUCUCAGUGGGAAGAAAAACUCUUUGCCUUUUAUGUGUAAAUGGGAUAAAUUUGAUUCCAACCAAAACAUCUCGAAAAGUUCAGCACGGCAGUACUCACUUUAUACUCACCUUUUUCAUUAUUUAAGUCUCAUUUAAGUGUUUGGACUUCACAGGAAAAUAAAGCAAAUGUCAACAAAACAAAAGUGCCUGGAUCUCUUGUCUACUGUAAGUAUAAAGGGCACCUUGAUAUGCUUAUUUUUUUAUAAUCUGGCCAUAAAAAGAAAAUAUAAUGUAAUAUUCAGCGUAGUGCAACACUGCUGUAAAUAUAGUCAUAAAAAUCAGGUUAAUAAUGAAUUGAAUGCUACACGAGUAGUAAAAGUAAGAAGCAGUGAGGGCAGGAUGGAUGGUGCUAUGUUGUUGUGGUCCUGAGUGAUUUUUGGAGUUUUUCCUUGCCGUUGCUGCUGUUAAAAAGCAACAGUGCGGUGAAAUUUUGUGACCUCGCACAGGACCUCUGGACCCGGUUCUUCCACUAGUUCAAAGUCUUGAAACCAUGCACCUGCUAAACCUCAGCCUUCUGGUUAUUUAUGACUACUCUGUUCUAGUUGGCUCUCCUUAAACAGCAGUGAGUGGAGGACUAAAAUCUCAGGCUAGGAUAUUCCAUAAUGUCGCUGUGUAUCCAUGUGUUGGCCUGCGCCUUUGGUCUGGGAUCUUGGGUGGCUGUUAAUGGAAUGUGGGUGGAGCUGCCAUUAAUUGUCAAUUUUCUACCAGAAGGAUGGGACUUACCUUCAUACCUUACAGUCAUCAUCCAACUGGCCAAUAUUGGCCCCAUUCUAGUUACCCUUGUACAUAAGCUCUAUCCGGGCCGAUUACGUGAGAAUCUGGUGAUUUAUGCUGUGCUGACGAUUGGCAUAUUAGCAUCCAUCCUCCUGACGGUGUUCUGGAAUAAGACAACAGUGUUUUUGGGUCAACCAAGGAGCACAGCAUUCUUUAUUAUUACAUUCUUUUUGUCUCUGGUGGACUGCACAUCUUCUGUCACCUUCAUGCCUUUCAUGAUGCAGCUACCAACUGAGUACAUCACCACCUACUUCAUUGGAGAAGGAUUAAGUGGCUUUUUGCCUGGCCUGGUAGCACUGGGACAAGGGGUUGGUAUGGCCAAAUGUGUUAAUGUCUCCCUAUCUUCAGGAAACUCUGGCCAUGAGAACUUCACACUGGAAGCUCAGUACUUUUCUCCUAACUUCUCUACAGAGAUCUUCUUCUCUUUUCUAGUGGUCAUGAUGGUGAUAAGCCUUGUUGCUUUUUGUCUGCUUAGCCAUAUUCCUCAGAUUUUUUCAGUCUCUACUGAGUCUCUGGUGUCUGAACCAGGGACCGUAGUAACCGUCAGUGGAGGUUUGGAAAACAAGGCAGCAAGAAAUUCAGGCAGGAACAGCCAAGAAAAUGUUACUGGAGAUCAGCCCAAGCCUCUGAUAGUGAAGCCAUACUAUUCCUACUAUGAGCUCGUUUUCAUCUACUGCAUGGUAGUGUGGGCAAACUGUGCAACCAAUGGACUACUUACAUCGGUACAAACAUUCUCCUGCAUGCCCUAUGGAAAUAUGAUCUACCAUCUCUCGGCUUCUCUGUCAGCACUUGCUAACCCGCUGGCCUGCUUUAUCGCUAUGUUCGCUCCCAUACGCUCGCUGGUGUUGCUGGGUAUUCUGUGCUUGCUGGGUCUUGGUUUUGGUGGCUACAACAUGGCUAUGGCUGUCAUGAGUCCCUGUCCAUUGCUGUCAGACUCACCACUAGGAAAAACUUUAAUUGUCCUGUCAUGGAUUCUCUUCACUGGCCUGCUGUCCUACGUAAAGGUGAUGGUGGGAGUCAUUCUAAGGGACCAGAGUCACAACGCCCUCGUGUGGUGUGGAGCUGCAGUACAGGCCGGCUCUCUAGUGGGAUCGUUCAUUAUGUUUCCACUGGUUAGCAUUUAUCAUCUGUUUAAGUCAGGGGAUAUCUGCAACAACAAAUGCACAUGAUUCUGAUCAUUUUGUAUGAGUCUGCAUAAGAAAUGAAUGAUAAAUAACAACAGUGUAAUUAUAGAAAUACAAGGUAGAUUAGAUUGUGUACACGCCAACUGAGGAGUGACAGCAAUACAUUAUUGAACAGUACACAAUCCUGUACUAAAGUGCAUCAUCCAAUUUUGUAUUUGCUUUUAAUAUAUAUUAAUUCAUUCAUUCUCAGUAACCUCUUUAUCCUGGGCAAGACGUGGCAGCAACACUAACCGCUGCAUCACCAUGCUGCCCUUGUAUGAAUUAAUGUAUAAAGGCACAUUAACUCAGUUUGUAAACCAAACAACACAUUAAAUGUUAGAUUUAAGUUUUUAGGUUCUUAAAUGUCCUACUUGUUUAUAAUGUAUGUAUUUAUUCUAAUGUUCCAUACUGUGAGACUUCACAGGCUUUGCUGAUAAAAGUUCCUUACAUUGACCCUUUAUUAAAUUAAUAACAUUUAAGCCCCUAAUUGAUGCCUCCACCAUGAAUGAACUCUAAGAAACAACAAAAAAAGCCCACUUUUAAAGAAUCAGUGUGGUGUACAUGGCCGCUACAGAACUUUUAUAUUAAAAUGUAGAAUUUUAUGCAAAAACUGCAAUAAGCUUGCAAUUACAAUUAUGAAAAGUAUUUUUAAAAGAAUUAUUAAAGUCACAACAAAGUUACUGAUGUACAGACCUCAGAAUUUCCCUGUUGUUAAAUUUGCUGCUAAGGUCACCAUGUAAGUUCCUGUUUAAUUUUCUGACUGGAACUAGGCCUCAUGUGUGCAUGAAGCCUGCUUCAUCAAUGAUGCUGAAGUCACCACCACCACCAUCAUCAUCAUUAUCAUCAAAGUACCCCUGCAAAAACUCAUUUUCCACCUGGUCUUUGAUGUAGUCCUGACCUGUAAUAGAACAGAAAAUUUGCGCAGACUCCAAAAAUGAUUUGAAACAUGCUAAAAUGAUUCCUCCAGAUUGGAAUUUUAAAUGUGUACAGUAGCAUAACUCUAAAAUGACCCUGGAUAUAAAUGGUAUGGUAUGGCAUGAUUUCAGUCUGACAUCUUUUUGUAAGUGUUUAGAGUUUUCCUUUGAAUCUUUAAUAAAUCUCAUUAU